GAUUAGGCCUCAACUCUGCUCCUCGUCUGACUUUCAAGUCCUCAAACCGUUUAUUUUCAGGGUUUGGGUUUGGUGACGCGACCAGUCACCAAAAGUCUCUGCAGCCGAAGGUGUGUCGAGGAGUUAAAAUUCAGUUGAAUGAAAUGAGUGCAGGAAGUGAAUAUCGAUCUCCGAUCUCACCACAGAGCAGCAGCAGCAGCAGUCUGUGGAUUCUACCCUGCACGGUGUCGCAGCUGCUGUCUGCCGCAACAGUCAACCAAGACUCGUUUGCCCUCUAUGAGCAGGAACUCUACCAGGUUUCUGUUGUGGGCUUGGUCCGGGGAUUCGCCCCGUUCGUGACCAACGUCCAGUACUCUGUGGACGACAUGACCGGCCCGCCUCUGGUGGUCAAGCAGUGGGUGAACACGGAGGAACCUCUGAAGACGCUCCAGUGUCAGGGAAAGUACGUGAAGGUCAUCGGAAGCCUGCGCAACUUCAACGGUCAAAGGUCAAUGCUGGCCAUGGAUGUGCGUCUGAUCACCGACCUGAACGAGAUCACCUCCCACAUGAUGGAGGUGGUGCGAGCUCACAUGCAGCUUUCCAGAAAGACGUUGGACGUAAACAUGAACGUCCUGGCCGCCGCGGGGACGCGUGGCGCUGGACCUCCUGAACCCGGCUUCCUGCGCGGUUUGUCCGCAGUCCAGGAGCAGGUGCUGGAGGCCAUCAGGAGACGCUCGUACUGGGAUCAGGGCCUCGGUUUAGACGAGCUGAGGGCGGAGCUCAGCUACCUGAGGAUCGCUGACAUCAGGACGUCUCUGGCCUUUCUCCUGAACGAAGGCCACGUCUUCUCCACCAUCGACGAGCAUCAUUUCAAGGCCGCAGAGUAUUAGAGAAGGCUGAAAGACAGAACUCAAAUGAAACCGUUUCUGAUUUAAAACUGCUUCAAUGAAAGUGAUGUAUAAUUUUUGGAGCUGCUUCUUUAUGUCGGCUGAAUUUUUUGUUACUGACUGCUGAUGCUGUGAAGAGACAUUUGAAUUGUUUUUCUUUCCUGAUGUAUCAUAAUGUGAUGCAAACUUAAACUUUUUAUUUUAUUAAAAAGCUUCU